AUGGAUCGUCCUACAGUUGUUCAUUUAAAAAGAAAAUCAAAAAAUUAUUAUGUCUCGCCCAUACAUAGCGGAGAAAGCGACUCGGGUGCAGAUCCAGAUUUCAUCAACAAGCAUCCCGGUGGUGACAAAAGUUCAACGAAGUGUACAGAAGAAGUUAUAAAUGGAAACUUAGCAGAGAUAGAAGCUACAAACGGCAAGAAAGAAAAACGGAGUGUUGGUAGCUGGUCUUUAAAAAGACUAAAUUAUUAA